ACAUAACCCAUUUUAUUUAUUUUUUAUUUUAUUUUAAUUUUCACUGUUUCGUGGGCCCCACUCUUCUCCUUCGUGUGCUAUCGUGAAAACAAAACAAAAGAGAGAAGAGAAAGAAGAGAACUUGCUUAUAAAAUUGCCAUAGGGAGGAAUUUUAUUAUACUGGAGGAUCUCAUGUACUCGCCUGUGGAUCUUAAUUAUAUUCACGAUCAUGAUGGCCCUUGAAAAUUCAGAAAAUAUGCAAAUAUCCUGCGAGGCAUCUCUAAAGUGCCUCCAGGGAAAAGGACCCCCUUUCACUUUUCAGUGUAAUGGGAGUUCUAUCGAAGGAUUUCCGGAGCUUAAUAAUGAGUCUGGUACUCAUUCAGCUGGGAAUGUUCCUGAAUCUAACCGCCGUUUAGGCAGUGAGUUUCUUGAGCCUUCCAAUGAAUUUCACAGUAAACCUACUUAUCACCAUGAAUACAGUACCUGGACAGCUUGCCAUUUUAACCCUCACAAACUGCAGCAGUGCCAAAUGAAUGCUUUUGAGAGCCACUUUUACCCUUAUCCUGUCGAGAAUCAACUUCAAUAUCUUCCAAUUAAUAUGGUUUCUCAGGGUUACCCGCGUGAGCAAUUUCAAGAAUUUCAGUAUUUUGUGGUCAUAGACUUUGAGGCGACCUGUGAUAAGGAUAAAAAUCCCCAUCCUCAAGAAAUAAUUGAGUUCCCAUCUGUCAUAGUGAGUAGUGUCACUGGUCAGCUGGAAGCAUGUUUCCAAACAUAUGUGAGGCCAACCUGCAAUCAGCUUCUGAGUGACUUCUGCAAGGAUCUGACUGGUAUACAGCAAAUUCAGGUGGACAGAGGUGUUACAUUGAGUGAGGCUCUACUUAGGCAUGAUAAAUGGCUUGAGAAAAAGGGAAUAAAGAAUGCCAACUUUGCUGUGGUUACUUGGUCUAACUGGGACUGCCGUGUGAUGCUUGAAUCUGAGUGUCGUUUCAAGAAAAUACGAAAGCCACCAUAUUUCAACCGAUGGAUCAACUUAAGGAUUCCUUUCAGUGAGGUAUUUGGUGCUGUGAGGUGCAAUCUCAAGGAGGCUGUUGAGAUAGCUGGCUUGGCUUGGCAGGGCCGUGCUCAUUGUGGCCUAGAUGAUGCCAAAAAUACUGCUCGCCUGCUGGCACUGCUCAUGCACAGGGGCUUUAAGUUUUCCAUUACCAAUUCCAUUAUGUGGCAAGCUGCUGAGCGAUCACUGAUCUGGAGGCAGUAUCCAGAACAACCAAGUGUUUUCCCUUAUUGCCCCUUCAAAGCAAAGGAUAUGAAUAACCCUAUCAUUCCGUAUCUCCCUUACUGUUAUUGUGGGGUGAAAAGCAUAAUGAACGUGAUCAGGAAGCCAGGGCCGAAGCAAGGGUGCCUUUUCUAUGGAUGUGGAGGUUUUUCUUCGACUAGAGGUCCCCGCUGCAAUUACUUUGAAUGGGUUUCUGCCUAAUUUAAGGGACCUUUUGAUCUACUUUGAUCAGAUUUCAAGCUUUCUUAUAUAUGUAAAAAAAGAAAAAAAGAAGAGGAAAUGGCUUAUGAAAGUAGUGGUGUUGUCUCUAGUGGAAGUAUGUACUCGUGGCUUGUGUGGUGAGGUUUGUGCUUCAUGAAUUGUAGAAAAAAUUAGUUGGCUCUAUGGCUCAUUACUUUGAGACUGCUAAACACCAAAGAUAGUAGUCUUGUUGAGGAGAGAGGGAGCUUCAACCUGUAAAGCUGACUUGUUGACUGGAGAACCAUUGGGGAGUAUGAGGAAUGGGUAGUUAGAAUGAUGCUUUUACAUGCCAAGGCAUGAUAAGUUAUCUUUUAAAAUAAUCCGUUAUAUAGGACUCUGUUACCUUUGCUCUAAUGGGAAUCACUAUAAUUUCCCGUGGCCCUUUC